UUUUUUCAACUUUUUAACUCCCCGAUUUUAUCAUUAUUCCCCCUCCCUCCCCAAUUAUUAUUUUUAAUUUUUCCUCCACCGAACCGCUCUUUAUAUAAUGCCUAAAAAUGUCCAUUUCCGGCACCCUCAGCAAUUAUUACGUCGACUCCAUCAUAAGUCAUGAGAGCGAAGAUUCUCCUUCAUCCAAAUUCCCGCCCGGCCAAUUCUCUUCUAGACAAAGCGAACAUUUAGAAUUCCCUUCCUGUAGUUUCCAACCCAAACCCGCGGUUUUUGGCUCUUCCUGGACUCCUCUGAACCAUCAUCAUCAUCAUCCUCAUCCUCCUCCUCCUCCUCCGGUGUUCCAGCCGUUCCUCCCGCAGCAGAGCUCGCCGGGCGAGGGGCGAUUCCUGCGGGCUUGGAUCGAGCCCCGCUCCGAGAGCAUCCCUGGAUCCGUCAAAACCGAACCGCUGCUCCCCAGAACUUCUGGAGACGCCCCAAAAAAUCAGGAAUACAACUUAGAAGCAGCGGGCGGCCGGGAAGGGAUCGCUCCCCAUCCCUUCGAGGAUAAUAAAGUUUGUGAAGGAAGCGAAGACAAAGAAAGGAGAGAUCAAAGUAAGUUAUAAAAGUGGAGGAAGUUUAAAACCGGCAAUGAAAAGCUGGAGGAGGCGCAAUAAAAUUAAACACACACAAAAAAAAAAAGGGAGGGGG